AUGCUCGUUCCCUCAUACUGGAUAGCUGGUCUUCGGCGGGCAGCGACACUCCGCCACAGCCAGCUGAGAACUCUGAGGACGCGACCGGAUGUGGUGGUCAAACGCCGUCCGGCGCAGCCAGAUUUGGCACACCCCGGUGGCCCCCCGAGACCCCGGUCCAAGUUCCAAAGGGCGAACUCGUCAGAUAUCGAGUCCGCCAACAUCAGCAAGCCGCCAGCACAAAUAGAACGCGAGAUGAAGCACCAGUUUGAAAAAGACGACCUGGACUAUGACCCGGAGUUCGUCCAGGAGCUGAUCCAGCAGUCCCAGCAGGAAGAGAAAAUGUACAAGGAUAUUCUGCAGGACCCGGAGAAGGCAAAGGAGUACACUGCCAAGGAGAUGCAGGCAUUUGUUGAGUGGCUGGUGAGUGACUGUGAGGAGUUUCUGGCCAACCAGGACGUCGAUACGGAGCAGCGAGACCGGGAGUUGGAGCAGACUGUCAAUCACAUAAUCAAUAGCGAUCCGACGCCCGAGAACAUGGCAGGCGCCUUUAGUGGCAUGGAGAAUAUCGUGCAAGGGUUUAGGCGCCCUGGCGUCGAAAAGCUCGUGCAAUUUUUGAGCAUGAUCUGCAAAAAAGGUAACGAGGAGCUAAGAAAGUAUAUUCCGCUGGAUUCUCUGCUCAGAAUAUUCAAUAUUUCGACGCAGAUCAGGGACCUGGAAACCCGCGCAAAAUGUAUCCACAUGGCUGGAAACCUGAUAUACUCUGCCACAGACGCGCGCGCCGACCCGAUCAACGAGAUGUUUUAUAUCGAAUCGCUCAUGAAGUUCCACAAGGGCCAGACGGCAGAGAGACUCUACAAUAGCCGUCGCGGGAAGCCCGAUGUGGCCGGCCAGCGGUUCUGGAACGAGCUGGGAGUCCGCGUUUACCUUGAGAAUUGGAAAAUUGGCGACGCAGAGGCCCUUGCUGCCGAGACCAAGCAGCAGUUCCAUUACGUGCACCCUACAAUUUGUAUCGCGUUUGCAGACUGGUACCUGGCCAAGGAGCAGUUCGAAGACGCCUUUCGAUGGUGGGGCGAGCUGCGUGCGGUGAUGAACAGCUUGGGCCUGAUCGAGUCGCUGCCGCAGCCCGAAACACAGCUCCUGGACGACGAGCAGCUCGUGUACAGCUACCACAACCGCGAAGACCCCGUGACGUUCGAUCACGUGACCGAGCUGGCGAUCUCGUUUCUGCAGUGGAGGCGGUACGAUGAGGCGAUGGAGAUUCUGGAGGUGACGACGCGGCGCGAUAAGCAGUUCCUGUUUUACUUCAUGGACAAGUUCUGCACGAGCAUGAGCUUCCCGCAACGCGAGAUGCUGCGGCACGUUCUGCAGUCCUCGAGCUACCACCCGUCGAUGUCGAAAUUUAUGCUGAGCGAGCUUGCGGGCGCAAACGAGACGAGAUCGCUGGAGCAGGCGGAGAUCUUGGACGGCAUCGUGACCUCUUUGCGCGAGAUCGCGGACCUAAACAUCAUUUCGCCUAAAGAACGCAUUGUUGCUUCCUCUAUAAUGGACUCUAUAAAGGCCGGACAGUGUCUCACCACCAUGGAGUGUCGGGAGCUGUUCAAGAUGUUGCUGCGCAUCAAAUCGAAGAGAACGUACGUUCUGGCGACACAGGUGCUCAACGAGAUGAACGAGACGUUUGAGCGGAUGCCUGGCUCCGAUAGACUCGAGAUAUUUCCGCCAGUGUCGUCGCAUUUUUACCUGCUGCUGGUGCAAUUAUUUGGCCGGCAGAAAAAACCGGAUCUUGCGAAAAUUGAGGCCAUUGUGAGGCUCAUGGAGUCCAAGGGCAUUGGCAUGGUGACGCUGAUGGCGAACCAGCUCAUCCUCACUUACAAAAAAGCCGGCAGGCCGGAUCGUGCGAUCGAGUUUGCGCAGCACUACAUGAACACCAACGAGAAUUUUCAGCUCACCAACGAUUUCUGCAAAAUCACGCUGUCCGUGUACAGAUACGUCCAGAUGAAGUCGGCCACUCACAAGCUUGCAUACAGAAAGCGUUUACAGGAGAUACAGGACUUAUUCAGAAGGGUGUGCCGUACUCCAGGCUUCGAUGUGAGCCUGGAGCUGCUGAACGAGCUGACCCUGACGUUUUUGAAGUACGGCGAUUACGUCUCAGCCAUUUGCGCGCUGCAGCUGUACGGAAUGGUGUGCAAUAAAAGUUUGGAGAAGACGACUCUUUUGCUGGUGAACGAUUACCUGGAAAAAUCGUUUGCCAAAAUGAAAUCCAAGCUCACAGAAUACGAGAACGACCAAAUGCUAACAAGACUAUCACAAUUGCGCGAGACGAUUGGGUUCAAGUCUCUACGGAAUCUACUGGAUAAUCCGCUCGAUCUCAAUUGGAGAGACGCCGCUUCCUACAUUAUCCGGUACUUGAACGUGUUCGACUUCAAUCCCAACCCUUUCUCGCUGAAAAACCACGAUGGACAUUUUACUUCAACGCAGGAGAACCAAGAUGCCAAGACGCGGUUUGAGGAUCUGCUGGUCAAAUACCAGGAGGAUUACCAGCUGCCAAAAAUCCGUUUAUCGGAUAUUGUACAAUUAUAG